CACCGUCGCGUCUUGCUCUGCUGCAGUCAAAUGGCCAGGACGCCUAAAGCGGCCACGAAGCGGUCCGCCACGCGUCCAACUGUCUCCUUCAAGGACACUGACGAUAUUGAACUAUUCGAUGAAGAGGACCUUGGAGGAAGCGAAGACAGCGCUGAGAUGCUCAAUCGAUUCUUGGACGAGUACAAAAAGAAAGAAGCCAAGAAGGCCACUGCUCGCUCUGCCGCUUUCCAGAACCAGAAGAAAUCCCUCUACGAAGCUGCCCGAAAACUUGCACGAGAUAUAUCGCGCGAAGGAAUCGCGUCUUUAGAAGAAGGUCGUGCUAAAAUCCAGGCUCUGAAGGGCGAAGAAUUAGCUGCAGACAAGUUCAGCGAAGAUAUCAUACCUUUGUGGCAGAGCGUUGAGGACGCGUCGGAAGCCGUUCUUGCAUCGUACCCCCAAGGCAUUCAAGACCUUUUCCCCCGUCGCUCCAAGACAAUCAACACUGCAAGCGAAAUGCUGACCGAGAUUCCGACUGAACGCAAACAAAUGCUGCAAAACUCUCUUGAUGCUGCUAACGAACAAAUGUACCAGAGCCAACGCGACGAGAAGCUGGCGAGAGACGCUUCCGCGUUGAUCAAGCGUUACAAAGCACUUCUCCAACACGCCUAG